AUGGCUCCUCGUUCAAGCUCCGACCAGGAUUUUGAAGGAAUUAGAACAUUUCGUAGGGAUGAUGUAAUAAAUUCAAGAAAAGUUAUUCAAAGAAGUAUCAACGGCACAAAAUAUUCCAAAGACCAACCAUGGUAUAUAAUUAUUGAUAACAAAGUCUAUGAUAUAAAAGAUUUUGUGCCUGAUCAUCCUGGUGGUGCCCCGAUUUUGACACAUAUUGGAAAGGAUGCAACAGAUGUAUUUCAUGCUUUCCACCCGGAAAGUACUCAUGAUUUAUUGGCAAAUUAUUAUGUUGGUGACAUAGCUUAUGAAGAUAAAAUUUCACCAAAAG